CCUCCUUGUAAAGCGGCUGUAGAAAUUCAAGGGAAGACGUGACGUCGCGACGGGGGCAGCAGUGGGUGUGAGAGACGCAACGACAGACCCCGCAUCGCGCAACAGAUUUACGGAGGAGCGCCGUGUAUUUCAGCUUAUUUAGAGCUGGUGUGUUUUUUCCUUUUCAAAAUAACAAAAGGAAAACGAAGGUAGGCGGAACCAAUGGCUGCAAUUCGCAAGAAGCUCGUGGUGGUGGGCGACGGCGCGUGCGGCAAGACGUGCCUACUGAUCGUGUUCAGUAAGGACGAGUUCCCCGAGGUCUACGUGCCCACCGUGUUCGAAAACUACGUGGCCGACAUCGAGGUGGACAGCAAGCAGGUGGAGCUGGCGCUGUGGGACACGGCAGGCCAGGAGGACUACGACAGGCUCCGGCCCCUCUCGUACCCGGACACUGACGUCAUCCUCAUGUGCUUCUCCGUGGACAGCCCGGACUCGCUGGAGAACAUCCCUGAGAAGUGGGUGCCGGAGGUGAAGCACUUCUGCCCCAGCGUGCCCAUCAUCCUGGUGGCCAACAAGAAGGACCUGCGCAACGACGAGAACGUGAGGAACGAGCUGGCCAGGAUGAAGCAGGAGCCCGUCAAGACGGAGGACGGCCGGGCCAUGGCCGUGCGCAUCGGUGCCUACGACUACCUUGAGUGUUCAGCCAAGACCAAGGACGGCGUGCGCGAGGUCUUUGAGACGGCGACGCGCGCCGCCCUCCAGAAGCGAUCGAGGCCCUCCGGCGGCUGCGCCAACUGCUGCAAGCUGCUGUGAGGCCCCACCGGCGCUCCGAGAACCGCCGAGACGAACCCCUGCGAGUGCCGCGCUCUCCCCAGCGAGGAGCGUGAGGGACGCAACCGUGAGACCUGCCUCGCGUCCUUUCUGCUCAACUUUUGCCCCACGGGGGUCACCCUUCAUAGAAGAUGAACGGUGCAUGACUGGGGGGGCCCUCUGUGUGACUCUAUAAGUGACCAUCAACAGUUCUUUUUUUACACCGCUACUGGGAGGCCGCAAACGGACCACGGGGGAUGUUGGGCGGGGGAGGGGGGGGGGGGGGCACGCAUUUGCCGAUGCACUGUUGUCACGUCCCGAGGGGUUGGACAUGCCUGACCGCUGCCUUCCGCCGCUCUGCCCCCGUCCUGAAUGUCCCGAAGGUCACAGAGUGCUCUGAGGGCCGAUCCAGGGGGCGGCGGGCGACGUUGGACGGCUCGGUGUGCGCGACCCACUUCAGCAGACGUGGCCGAUGGAGGUGGCCGCCAUCCCACCGACAGACUCUGAGAAAGCUGGCAGUCGCAUUGACUUGUACAGCGGUGACGUGAUGAAGGCAGCGGAGCUGGGAUGCGAGAAGGGCGGGGUGGGUGGCGGCGGAUGCCGUUAGGCACACGGACCACCCUAUGUGUCGCUGGGGGGGGGGGGGUCAGUUUUACGAUGGAUGUGGAAGAGCCAUCUCGUUUCAGUUGUCCUUUGCUCCCCGUUUUGCACAAAGCCGUGAUGCACCUCAAAGCUGGACGUGCAACGUUGACUCAACAUCGACACCAAGUCUCUACUAUGACACGGUGACUGCCUUCCAAGAGGCUUGUUGUCCAUACUUCAUUUUUCCAAAAAAAGGAGCAGCAGCUCAGUGUGGCCUCAUUGGGCUUUGUGUGAAAUGCUCCCUUUUCUCUGUUAGACGGGUUCCCCUUUUUUUUUUUCUUUUUUUUCCUCCCCCCCCCCCUCCUCAAAAUCAACUUGCUCCAUGCUGUUUUGCAUCUUAAUGCCUGUGAGAUACAAAGGACGUUUUGUUUUAAACAGGGCGUAAGUUAUAAGGCAUAGCCCGAGGGAUGUUUACAAAAAAGACAUGUAUUUAAGCUGUGUGGAGGUUUUGCAAAACAAAGUAUUAAAUGUUUAAAUGGUAUUAAAUGUUUGGCUGCUCAUUUCCACGACGUGACCACUUUUCCAUGUUGUGUGUCUUUAAAAAGUGAUUAAAUUAUGCAAAACA